UCUCCAGCUGCAUCCCCGCCUCGUUAACUCGUUCUGACGUGGUGACGAGCAGACUGACACUUCUGCCAGUUGACCGGGCAGGAAAGACUCAAACUCACGGGAUGUCAAGACUGGAACCGGACAAACAUGUGAAAAGGCGAAUCUUGAGUUGCGAUGAAGUAGCCUAGUUGGAAGGAAAGGCUACGAUAGAGGAAAAGAUGGCGAACAACUCAACUUUUGACGUGUUUUCUAACAGAACAGGACAGAAUUCAUCUCAACCGUCUCCGUUCACUGAAAUCCGGGAGAAUCCGCUGAAGACGUAUCUCCUGGGAAUCAUCAUUUCAAUAUGGAACUUCCUCAUCAGCAUUUCUCUGAAUAUACAGAAAUACGCCCACAUGCGCCAGUCCCAGCUCGGCGACUCCAGGCCCUACUACACGUCAGUGCUGUGGUGGAGCGGCGUGGUUCUGAUGGGACUAGGGGAGCUGGGGAACUUCGCAGCCUACGGCUUCGCCCCGGCCUCCCUCAUCGCACCACUGGGCUGUGUUUCAGUCAUAGCCAGUGCGGUCAUCUCUGUGGUGUUCCUUAAAGAGACGCUACGAGCCUCUGAUGUUGUUGGUGGUGCACUAGCAGUGGUGGGAACCUAUCUCCUGGUCACCUUUGCCCCCCACACCUCCACCCACAUCACCGCCCACCUGGUCCAGAGAUACGCUGUCAGCUGGCAGUUCCUGAUUUACCUGUUUCUAGAGGUCGUAGUGUUUUCUAUCCUGCUCUAUUUGUACAAGAGGAGGAAUAUCAAGCAUAUAACCAUAGUGAUGCUGCUGGUGGCUCUGCUGGCCUCCCUGACGGUGAUCUCGGUCAAAGCUGUGUCUGGGAUGAUCACGGAGUCCAUAAAGGGAGAUCUCCAGCUCACCUACCCCAUCUUCUACGUCAUGGUGGUGGUCAUGGUGGCCUCCUGUGCCUUCCAGAUAAAGUUCCUUAAUCAAGCCAUGAAGAUGUUUGACGCCACGGAGGUCGUCCCCAUCAACUUUGUGUUCUUCACUGCCAGUGCCAUUACCGCAGGAAUAGUAUUUUACCAGGAAUUCCAGGGCUUGGCUUUGCUCAAUAUUUUAAUGUUUCUCUUUGGCUGCCUGCUCUCAUUCAUUGGAGUCUUCCUGAUAGCCAGAGACAGACCCAAGAUCAAGACUGAAACAUAA